AUGGGAACUUCAAUCUUCGAUCUCCAAAGAAGUAUCAUACUCGACAACAUUCGAGCCACGAGCGGUCGAGAUUGGAAGGUUUUGAUUUUGGAUCAACAGAGCAGACGCCUUGUAUACAACGUCACUAAAGAAGAUGAUAUCCUCAAUGCAAAUAUCACAAAUAUCGAACAAAUCGAGGAACGCAGGCAACAACAGUCCGACACUGAUGCCAUAUAUCUCCUCUCACCACAGCCUCAUAUCGUUGAAUGUCUGAAAGCCGAUCUCUCAAGAAAGAGAUAUCGUCGAUCACAUUUAAUAUGGACUUCUCAACUCCCUCGACCGUUGCAAGAAGAAAUCUUCCGAUCAGAAUCCCGAGCACGACAAAUCAUCGAGUCCCGCUCCUUAAACAUUGACUACUUCCCACGGGAGGCUAAUCUUGUUACCUUCCGGGAACCGUGGAGCUUUCAUGCUCUUUACCACCCAGCAUGCGACUCUAUGGUUAGAAAUCAUCUGGAGACCUUGACACAGAAAAUCGUGUCCAUUUGUAUUUCGCUAGGAGAAUACCCGCUCAUAAGAUAUUACAAGCCGAGAGAACACCAGAGACAUGCGGCUGAUGUACUCAGCUAUCAUAUUGCUAGUUUUGUUCAGGGAGCACUGGAUGAAUAUGCGCGAGACGAGCGAAACAACUUCCCACCCCAGUCACAGGCGGUCAGACCCCGAGCGGUGUUAUUCAUCACCGAUAGAUCAAUGGAUCUAGCCUCACCUUUUGUGCAUGAACUUACAUAUCAAGCAAUCGCCAUGGACUUGCUCCCAAUCAGGGACGACGAGGAUAAAAUCACUUAUAGAAAUGUGAUCCGACGUGGUGAACCUGACGAGGAGGAGAAGGAUGUGGAAAUCAAUGAACGCGAUAAUCUAUGGGUUGCACAUCGUCACAUGCAUAUGAAAGAUCUCCUGGUCCAACUCAGUGAGGAGUUCCGCAAGUUUCAGGCGAAAAAUCCUCAAUUUGCAGAUAAUAAUGGUCAACCUGCUAGUAUCAACACAAUCAAGGAUAUGUUGGCAGGCUUGCCAGAGUUUCAAGAAGGAAAAGAAGCCUUUUCACUGCAUAUCGACAUGGCCGAAAAAUGUGCCAAAAUCUUUGCGGAACAUAAAUUAUUGGACGUGGUCUCCGUCGAGCAAUCACUAGCUACAGGCAUCGACGAAGAGAACAAGAAGCCCAAGAAUGUGGCCGAUCAAAUGGCAAGGCUGUUGGACGACGACAGUGUGGUCCAUGAAGACCGCGUCCGACUCUUGAUUUUGUAUAUAUUGUACAGAAAUGGUAUCCUUCGCGGAGACGUCGAGAAACUUCGAUGCCAUGGCCAGCUCUCACCACUUGAUGGAGAGACAAUUUACAACCUAAUCACUUUGGGAGCGAGGAUCGAAAAACCAUUGAAGGAUACGACGCCAUUGCCCCCACCAUUAUUUCUUCCAAAGACGGCUACAGCCAACAGCAACAUGGAAGAAGUCAGCUUAUCACGAUUCGAACCUGCUCUCCGCUACAUGCUCGAGGAACAAUGCCAGGGUACUUUGGACAUGAACACAUUCCCAGCAGUCAAGCCACAUCUGAACGACCCCAACACACAGAACCAAGCGUCUCAAAGCUCGUUAAGAAAUGCGGGAAAGCCUACAUGGGCACAGACAAGAGCACAAUCGAACAAACCUCGUCAACGGAUCAUUGUGUUCAUGGCUGGAGGCGCAACCUAUGCUGAAGCACGAGCAUGUUACGAGGUGUCCCGAAUGGCCGGCAAGGAAGUAUUCCUCGCGUCGACACACAUGGUGACGCCUAAGAAUUUCCUACGCCAAGUCAGCCUGCUCAGUUCAGGGCGGAAGCAAUUAGGUCUGCCAGUCGACCAGGCACCACCCAAACUACCGGCCUGGAUGUCCGAACCUCCUCCACAGGCACUGCAACCGAAACCACAAGCACCACCAAACGGCGGUCCACCAACCGAUGCAAUGAGGAACAUGAACCUCGGCGGCGGGAGUGGUCCGAACGGCGUUCGCCCAGGAGUGGGCACCGGCGCAUCUGCUCCGAGACCUACUCCUGCAGCAGCGCCUUCUCCAUCGCCCAAACCAUACCAACCGUAUACACCGGCGUCGGCGGAUCAGAAACAGAGCCAGGGCAAGCUCAAGAAGGAGAAGAAACAUCUCGGACUGUUCAAGAAGCACUAG